GAAGCAGCUCGGGAUCCUCAAAGCAGGACUAAGCGAGGGACUGAAACCACCGGAGGAGCGGGAUCCGACCUCUUUCUCGGAUACCUACACCCCUCUAAACGUUUCCUCUCCACCCGGGACAUGAAAUCCCUAUUUUAACCCCGUUAAAAGUUCACUCUCCGGCCCAAAAUGACGGUGGAUUUUGAAGAAUGCGUUAAAGAUUCACCCCGGUUUAGGGCAAAUAUCGAUGAAGUGGAGACGGAGGUUGUGGAGAUUGAGGCAAAACUAGAUAAGCUGGUGAAGCUCUGCAGCGGCAUGAUCGAAGCAGGGAAGGCGUACGUCAGCGCCAACAAACUCUUCGUCAACGGCGUCCGCGAUUUGUCUCAGCAGUGCAAGAAGGACGAGACGAUCUCGGAGUGCCUGGAAAAAUGUAGCGAGAGCCUGCAGGAAAUCAUCAACUACCACAUGAUCCUGUUUGAUCAAGCUCAGCGGUCUGUAAAGCAGCAGUUGCACAACUUUGUGAAAGAGGAUGUGCGGAAGUUCAAGGAGACAAAGAAGCACUUCGACAGGGUGCGCGAGGACAUGGAGAUCGCUCAGGUGAAGAACGCUCAGGCGCCGAGGAACAAGCCUCACGAGGUGGAGGAGGCCGGCGGCGCGCUCAGCAUCACUCGCAAGUGUUUCCGUCACCUUGCUCUGGACUACGUGCUACAGAUCAAUGUCCUGCAGGCAAAGAAGAAAUUUGAGAUCCUAGAUGCAAUGCUGUCGUUCAUGCACGCCCAGUACUCGCUGUUCCAGCAGGGCUACAACCUGCUGGAUCAGAUCGACCCUUACAUGAAGAAACUGGCUACCGAGCUCGAUCAGCUGGUGAUUGAUUCGGCCAUGGAGAAGAGGGAAAUGGAGCAUAAACAUGCAACUAUUCAGCAGAGAACCCUCAUGCAGGACUUUUCCUAUGAUGACUCUAAGGUGGAGUUCAAUGUGGAUUCUCCUAACGGUGUGGUGAUGGAGGGCUACUUGUUCAAAAGGGCUAGCAAUGCCUUCAAGACCUGGAACAGACGCUGGUUCUCCAUACAGAACAGUCAGCUGGUGUAUCAGAAGAAGCUCAAGGAUUCCCUGACGGUGGUGGUGGAAGACCUGCGGCUGUGCUCUGUUAAACCGUGUGAGGACAUCGAGAGGAGGUUCUGCUUCGAGGUUCUGUCCCCCUCCAAGAGCUGCAUGCUUCAGGCGGAGUCGGAGAAGCUGCGACAAUCGUGGAUUCAGGCAGUUCAAGCUAGCAUUGCGUCGGCCUACAGAGAAAGCCCAGACGCGUACUACACAGAGCACCUGGACCGAACGGCUUCUCCGUCCACCAGCAGCAUCGAUUCCGCCAGCGAGCCGCGGGAGCGCAGCGCGCGAGGGGAGACCAUCCUGCAGCGGAUCCAGUGUCAGCCGGGGAACGAACACUGCUGCGACUGUGGCCGGGCCGACCCGCGCUGGGCCUCCAUCAACCUGGGCAUCCUGCUGUGUAUCGAGUGCUCUGGCAUCCACAGGAGUCUCGGAGUUCACUGUUCAAAGGUUCGCUCACUCACACUGGACUCAUGGGAACCCGAGUUAUUAAAGUUAAUGUGUGAGCUUGGCAACGGUGUCAUUAAUCACAUCUAUGAAGGUUCAUACCAAGAACAAGGUCUAAAGAAACCAUUACCCUCCAGUUCAAGGCAGGAGAAGGAGGCUUGGAUUAAGGCAAAGUACGUGGAGAAGAAGUUCCUCAAGAAGCUGGGCUCCACGGAGAUCCUCAUCAACGGGGCGAGGAAGUCGGAGCGGCGGUGGAGCGUGAAAAAGUGUCGGAGGCACAACAGCGCCACCAUGGUACCUAAAACCCGCCGAAGGUACCGACAGGAGCCCGGGACCACCUCCCCGUCCGCCCUCUCCUCAGCCGCUGCUAAAUUCCGACGGGACUCCCUGUUUUGUCCCGAUGAGCUGGAUUCUCUCUUCUCCUACUUUGACACCGGCUCUGGGCCUCGAAGCCUCAGCAGCGACAGCGGGCUGGGAGGCAGCACGGACGGCAGCACAGACAUCCUGGUGUUCGGCGCCGUGGUGGGCAGCGUCACGGAGGAGUGCGAGGUGUCGGAGGACUCGAGCGGUGAAGCCGAGCCGGAGGCCGAGCCGGAGACGUCGGACCCCGAGGACGCGAGGGUCCUCCAUCCCGGGGCGCUGCUCUGCAAGGCCUCCAAGGCCCGCAACCUGCCCGUCAUGGCCGAGGCGCUCGCCCACGGGGCAGAUGUGAACUUGGUCAACGACGAGGAAGAAGGGAAGACGCCGCUCAUACAGGCCGUGGUGGGGGGUUCGUUGAUCGCCUGCGAGUUUCUGCUCCAGAACGCUGCUGACGUCAACCAAAGGGAUGCCAGAGGGAGGGGGCCCCUGCACCAUGCCACAAAUCUGGGACACACGGGGCAGGUGUGUUUAUUCCUAAAACGAGGAGCCACACAGAACGACGGGGACGAGGACGGCCAGGAUCCUUUGAGCAUAGCUGUACAGCAAGCCAAUGCUGAUAUAGUCACACUGCUGCGUCUGGCCAGGAUGAAUGAGGAGAUGCGGGAGUCGGAGGGACCGUUUGGACAGCCAGGUCAAUACCCAACCAGCAGCCCCACUGAGCAGCAGUACAAGAGAUGCAUUCAGGAGUUUAUCUGUCUCAAUAUAGCACAGUGCUAGAAGUUUAAAAUACGGUGUCAAACCAGUGCGGGGGGAUGCCAUUAGACAUAUGACUGAGACAAUGCCGGGGGGGGGGGCCUCAUACUUAUUUCCUCCACUCGCUUUCUCGCCACCGGAUCAAUCAGAAAGUUUCCCAGUCUGCUGACUUGAGACCAAAGCCGUCAGCUCUUCACUCAGGAUCGCACAGCGACUCAGUGUUCACCUCCUUUAGUGAUGUCAGACUCCACAUACGGAUGAUGAGCUUAGUUUUAUUCAUCGCUGCCAGCGAAGGGGUAGCCACUUUCAUAGAUCUGCCAGCAGCACCAUUGGGAAGCAAUCAAAAGAGCACAAUUAAGUCAUCAGCAGAGGAUUCAGGAACGACUUUUUUUAUGUGGCGGUUUUUGAGGGCACAGGGUCCUCUGAACCAAACACCAGCUCAUCUGUCCCAACAAUUCUACAUUUUAGUUUGUUUUGAGCCUGAGUGGUUAUCCCAGUGAUAACUAAGAGUUAUUUGGGGCACUGUUCCGGAAGUAAAAUCCCUAAACUACAAUACCUUUUCUACAGAUUAGAUCCGCAUGAAACUCUCCUGGUUAAAUCAUCAGUAGAGAAGAUUAAAAACUCCAUUAAAAGCUGGAGAUCCAGGCCUGCGUCAACGUUUAAUAUGAGUCCCAAAAAGCAUUUCAGAACGGAACAUCCAAUCACUGAGCUUUAAUUCAGAUUUCACAUUUCGUAAACAGGCUUAGUGUCCGGGUCACUUUGGUGUCUCCAGCUGGAUUCUUCACCAUGGCAACGGCGACCGAGGCUCAUGGGUAAUUGUUGCAUUCAGAGCCAUCUGUUAUACCAAAACGACUGCUAUUCUCAGAAAAGAAGCAGAGAUUGAUUAGAGUGAACUAUGCCCUGAGAGAAAGAUAAAAAAAACCACAAGCAGCUGAUCCAUUUUCUAUAUCUGAUUUAAAUUGUACCGUCUAAGCUGUAUUCUCUCCUGGUAUUACUCAAGAACUUGUGGGAAAACAAGUCGAAGCAGGUUGAAACAGGCGGGGGAGGUGGGGACUCUUUUUUUUUUUCAUCUAUGAUUUACUCAACACAGGAUAGAAAACCAUGUAGAUUAGAAAAUGGAUCGCCGCAAUUGAGUUUUCCCCAACACGCUUCAAACCCUAAGGGAGACAUGGCAUCAAGGACAAUUUGAAAUGGGACUAAAAAAAAUGGGAAUCAUUAAUUCCGGAAAACCAGUUCCUCUUUGGCGGUAUUCGUGGCACAGAUGAGUCGGGUGAAUCUAUCUUGUACAGGGUGGUGCACCCAAUUCCACGUGCCUGUUUCACGGUGGAGGAAAUAGGAGAUUUUUUUAGGAACCUGAGGAUCUGUUGUUGAUGAAAUGGCGUUUGGCGCUCUUGUAAGAUAACUGUGACAGAGUAAAUGAUCCCAGAAGAAGCAUCAUUACUCCGUUUUGAUCAAGAGAAUGAUCAAGUAAAGCUUUUAUGUUCAAUUAAAAGCAAAAAUAUGCACUUUUUCUUACCAACGGUGAUUUAAAUUUAGUUUUUGCUCAUAUGUCGCUUAUUUUUGAUUUUUUUUAAAUAAGUUUGAAUGCCUUUUGUUUUUGUUCAUGAUGAACCGUCCAGAGCAAUAGUGCAAUGAUUAUUUCAGUACAGAUAAUCUGUAUUUUUUGUAUUAUGUUUAACAACAAUGCAGAUUAUAUUUUUUUAUGCUGGAUUAUUUUUGUUAGAUUUGAUUUGCUGAGCACUCUCACACAUGGCGCCAGUAUUAUAUUCUCAUAGUAAGAAAGAGAGCCAAUUCUCCAACGUUUCUGCAGUAAAAACUGCAUUAGAAGUAGGACACUUUUUGAUUCAUCACAAUAAUCCAACUUGUAUUUCUGUAUAUAUAGUAUUUGUUUGUGAAAACUGUUUAUUUAUGGUAUUCUAAUGUAUCACUACAAUAGGCCGAUAAUAGAUUUGUUUUUUGUUCAUAGUGCAUGGGGGGCUUUUGCCAGGUCUUCUUCAGUCCUGUUUCUGUUGGUUACUUCUGUGCCCAGUGUACCUGAAUAUUUUACAUUUAGUAUUGUUGAAUGAAUUGUUGAUAUCUAUGUUCUAUACUGACAAAACAUAACAUCAGUGCAUGGCAUGACAGAAAUGAUAGAAAUGACAGACCGAGCACCCACCUCCCACCGGCUUCCAUUGGCUGGUUGCUACAAAUUUAAUGGUCCCUUUUAUGCCCUACAAAAAUGAUGUAAGAUCUAUUAUUAUUAUUCUUAUCUGAGGUCAAAUUAGACCAUUUUUUUCCCCCAAAGAUGUUGCUUGCCUGACAGAUGCUAAGGACCGUUGGGGUUAGUGAAAAUGCUGUGUGCUUCAGGCAAAUAAUGCACGACGCUUACUAUUUAUCCAGAAUUACUCUAAAAUAUUCUCCAAACGGACAUAACGUAAAUUUGGAGUAAUUUCAAUAUUGAAAAUUUUAGAGAGAAAUAUGAAAAAAAGGCCCAGUCGCACCAGAAGGUUGAAACACAAACACAAAUCAACCAAGCGGCCCGACAAUUCGGGUUUCUUUUAACUGGAGUACAAAGAAUUUCAUGGAAGACUGAAAAAACGACUCUCUUGUGCUAACUGACUCUUGGAAAGUUUGUUGGAUUGGUUUUCUAGUUGAACAAUAAGAUCACACUGUAAAUUAAAAAAAAAAAGAUGUAUUCAAACCAUUGAGUCUGCGGAGUGUCUGCAACCUUUUAACGAAGGAGCUUGUAGAGGUUCAAUUAAUGAGCUGCGACCUCAAAGAGUUUAACUCAAGCGUAGAUUUGGGAUUCCAUUUAAACCAAUGCAAGCCGAGCAAAAAAGAGACCAACCACAAAAACCCUGUUUUAUGAUCCCAACUUUCCCGCCGAUAGUUUUCACACAGGUUCUAACUUCUUGAUUGCCAGUGACAGAUUCAAAUGCAGCCUUUUCUUAUUGUGUGCAGUACUUAUUGUGGUCGCCUGCAAACACAGGGAGCAGAUUUUACGAGAUGAUGUCAUCACUUACCGAACAAUUCUUUACAUCAAGCCAUCGAAGGAUUACGUGUCGCACAGUACAAAGUGUCUGUUGACUGUUGUGUGGAUAAACUAAAACUCUAAACACUUUCCUAUCAUGCAAUUUUUAACUUUCUUGUAUUUUCUCUGUCUCUGACUGUUAACUGUAACAUGUCUUUGAAUACUGUGCCUCUGAAUAUACCUGUGCAUAUUAACGCCGACUUCUACUAUUACAACUACUAAUGCGUUUGCUUUUGAUUCCCAUUUUUCGUUCAGUAACUCCUCCCACUGUCUUAUGAAAUUAAAUUAAAGAUGUGACUAAAAUCUAA